AACAGUUCAAUCCAAUAGGACACAAAAAUAACAAUCAUGUCUUUCAUCAAACUCAUUGUUUUUGUGACAUUUUCCCUCUCAUUUACAUUCUCCAAUGCUCAUCCUGUAGGCUUCAACUUUGGCUGGGGUGCUCAUCAUCAUCAUCAUCAUGGUGGAAUGUCCUUUGGUCUUUCUCCUCAAUUCUAUCAGUUUUCAUGUCCUCAAGCUAAUGACAUUGUCAUGUCAGUCUUGGAGAAGGCCAUUGCUAAAGAUAUAAGACUCGCCGCUUCUCUUCUUCGACUUCACUUCCACGAUUGCUUCGUCCAGGGUUGCGAUGCGUCGGUUUUGUUGGACGAUAGUGUGACGGUUGCUAGUGAAAAAAAUGGCGGGCCUAAUAAAAAUUCCCUCCGAGGUUUUCAAGUGAUUGAUGAGAUCAAAGCUAAAUUGGAACAAACAUGUCCUCAUACAGUCUCUUGUGCAGACAUUGUUGCACUUGCUGCUAGAGGAUCCACUGUUCUUAGUGGAGGACCUAAUUGGGAGCUACCCUUAGGAAGGAGAGACUCAAAAACAGCGAGCCUAAGGGGUUCAAACAAAAACAUCCCUCCACCAAAUGCCACUAUUGAAGGUCUCUUAACAUUUUUCAAGCGUCAAGGUCUCGAUGACGUAGACCUUGUUGCUCUUUCAGGUGCACAUACAAUUGGUGUAGCAAAAUGUGCAACAUUCAAGCAAAGACUAUACAACCAAAAUGGAAACAACCAACCAGAUGAGAAUCUAGAAAAAACAUUUUACUUUGGUUUGAAAACAAUGUGUCCAAAAUCAGGUGGUGACAACAAUAUUUCUCCUUUGGAUUUUGGUUCUCCAAGAAUGUUUGAUAACACAUAUUACAAACUCUUACUUAGAGGAAAAGGAUUACUUAAUUCAGAUGAAGUGCUUGUCACCGGAAAUGUUAGAGAAACUCAUGAACUGGUGAGGACAUAUGCACAAGAUGAGAGUCUCUUCUUUGAACAAUUUGCAUUGUCGAUGAUCAAGUUGGGAAAUCUUCGUCCUCUUACUGGAUUUAAUGGUGAAGUUAGAAAGAAUUGUCGCCGAGUUAAUUAAGAUUAACAAGCAUAAUUAUAUGUUAUUAUAAUUAAGAGUCAUUGAGUGUUAUGUUUUGCAUUUUUUUAAAUGUAGAAGGAAGGAAGAAUUUAUAAGUGCUAAAUCUAUGGUAGUUAUGAGAGUUUGAAUUGUGUUGCAUUUAUAUAAACUUAAUAAGCUUGGUGUUGAAAGUAUGUAGUUGAGUGUUUGUGUUGCUUCUAUCAAUAUUUUCUUUGGA